CCGCCGCCACCGCCUGCGCGCUCCUGACGCGGGCUCGGGGCGCCGCGCCGCUGCGGCUGCGGGCGGCGACGGCUGCACCAUGGGCCGUCUGCUGCGGGCCGCCCGGGGCCCGCCCCUGUCGCGGCCGCCGCUGUUGUUGCUGUUGCUGGCCGGGGCAGUGUCCUUGAGUGUGUGUGCAGUGGCGACAGAUGAGCCGGGUCCUGAGGGCCUCACCUCCACCUCCCUGCUGGACUUCCUGUUGCCCACCAGCCUGGAGCCUCUGGAUGCAGAGGAGCCCAGUGAGGCCAUGGGCCUGGGGGCUGGCCUGGGCGCACCUGGCUCUGGCUUCCCCAGUGAAGAAAGUGAGGAGUCCCACAUCCUACAGCCGCCUCAGUACUUCUGGGAGGAGGAGGAAGAACUGAAUGAGUCCAGCCUGGACCUGGGACCCACUGCAGACUAUGGCUUCCCAGACCUCACGGAGAAGGCAGGGCCGAUGGACUUGGAUGAUGCUGGCCAGGCUGCGGAGCUGCUCAGCCUCCCCUCCACUGUGCCAAAGCUGAACCUGGUAGAGCCGCCCUGGCAGGUGCCUCUGGAAGAGGAGGAGGAAGAGGAGGAGGAGAGGGAGAAGGAGGAGGUGGAGAGGGACGAGGAGGACGAGGAGGAGGAACUGCUGCCUGUGAGCGGGUCCCAGGAGGAAGCCACCAUACAGGCUCGAGACUUUGUCCCCAGCAGCAACAGCCCGGCCCCAGGUGUCCUGGGACACAGGCAUGAGGAGUCUGGGGACCAGGCCGCAUCAGGCGUGGAGGUGGAGAGCAGCGUGGAGCCCAGCUCGUCUCUGCCCUUGGUCACUCCCAGCAUGGUGACCCUAGGGCCUCAGGACCUCCCCAUAAAGGAGGCCGGGGCCACCAUGCUGCUGGCAGCCGGAUCCCGGGUAGAGUUUGAGAUCCCUGGAGAGGCCAGCAAGGAGGCUACCGUGGGAAUCGGCAGGGAAGUGGCUUCAUCCUUAUCCCCAGCUUCGUUCCUGCAGACCGAAGCUUCCCUCAGGGCUGAGAUCCUGGAUGAGGGCCGUCCAUACCCCAGGACCCCUGCCCCUUCUCCAUCUGCCCCCCGAGACUCUGCACCAAUGCUGUCCUCUGCCAUCCCAGGACAGGAAGGUGUCAGCCAGCAGCCCCCAAGGGGAUCUGUGGCAGAAGCUCCUUCCAGAACUCCAUGGGACUCCACUCAGGUGAUCUGCAAAGACUGGAGCAACCUGGCUGGGAAGAACUACAUCAUCCUGAACAUGACUGAGAACAUAGACUGUGAGGUAUUCCGGCAAAACCGGGGGCUGCGGCUCCUGGCCCUGGUGGAGGAGGUACUGCCCCGCCACCGCCGUGGCCAUCAUGGGGACUGGCACAUCUCUCUGAGCAAGCCCAGUGAGAAGGAGCAGCACCUCUUGAUGACGCUGGUGGGCGAGCAGGGGGUGGUGCCCACCCAAGAUGUCCUUUCCAUGCUGGGUGACAUCCGCAGGAGUCUGGAGGAGAUUGGCAUCCAAAACUACUCCACAACCAGCAGCUGCCAGGCACGGGCCACCCAGGUGCGCAGUGACUAUGGGACACUCUUUGUGGUGCUGGUGAUCAUCGGUGUCAUCUGCUUCAUCAUCAUUGUGCUGGGCCUGCUCUACAACUGCUGGCAGCGUCGGCUGCCCAAACUCAAGCACGUGUCGCAUGGCGAGGAGCUGCGCUUCGUGGAGAACGGCUGCCACGACAACCCCACGCUGGACGUGGCCAGCGACAGCCAGUCAGAGAUGCAGGAGAAGCAGCCGAGCCUGAAUGGCGGCGCGCUCAAUGGCCCAGGAAGCUGGAGUGCGCUCAUGGGGGGCAAGCGCGACCCCGAGGACUCGGAUGUGUUCGAAGAGGACACACACCUGUGAUGGUCCGGACGCGGGCGCUGCGCCUGGCUACCCCACCCCGCCACGCGCCCGUGGCCGACCCAUUAAACCCGCCCGGCCCCGGGCA